AUGGACCGGCUGCUCGGGUUGAGUGGGCUCGCUAGAGAGGGAUGGGAAACCGAGGGCGGUGCUGAGGGCCAAGGGGGGUGUUCGGUGCCGAAGGAGGACGGCCUCUCCGGCAAAUCAUAUCGCAUCUUCAGGGUCCUGCCGCGACUCGAAUGCAGCGAGAGCCACAGGGACUUUUUUGGUAAAACUCAAAACCCCAUCCUUGCAUAUGCAUGCAAGCUGCAGGCCAGCGGGGGCGGGCGCCGCCAUCUUGUGGAGAACCUGGAGCUUGCAUCGUUGCCGAAGCUCGGCAAGGUCCGACGAUCAACCCGAUUGGAGUCCGAAGGAUGGAGGAUGAAGGCGAUGAAUUCGAGGCAUCUCGGACGGUCUUCCGAGUCUCUCGCUCCAGCAGCCAUCAUCCGCCGAAGUAGCCCUCACCUCUGA